UGUUAUGUGUCAUUGUCAUUUUGUUAUUGUUGUUUCCCGGAACUCGGCGUUUUGGUGUUUGAAAAUCUCUUGUUCUCUUGAGCCUUUCAUAUUUUACUGAAUCAAUAUAAUAAAGGAGUGGGCUUUUUAAUCAAGUUUACAUAAUACUAGUAUUUUCAUCACGAAUGAUUAAGAUUAAAGGAUAUUUGUUUCAAUGAGAGGUUAACCGGAGUUACUCGCCUUACCUCGAAAAUCAUGUCGAAUUCAUUAUUUCCAACUAAUCACAAGACAAUUUUUGUGUUGGAUCACACGCCGUACUUCGGCAUAUCCUCAGAGAAUCCUAUUGACUUCGAUGUUUCUAAGAAUAGAGGCCCAGGCUAUGUGCCUCUUCCUCCCGUGUGUAAAUCUCUAUGGACCUGCAGUGUCGAAGCCGCGGUGGAAUACUGCAGGAUUGUGUGGGAUUUAUUCCCUGAGGGUAAACUGGUCAGAUUUGUGAUAAGUGAUUCAGCAGCACACAUUCUCAACACAUGGGUAACAGUGCAACAGAACUUGACUCAUUUACUAAAUGGUCUUUGCCUGGUGGGUCCCGUGCGGAGAGGGGCGGGGGGCAAUGUGGUGGGCUUGUGUCCAGCUAUAGAAGCCCUUGGCGAACCAUCCCCUGCCCAGUCAACACCACCUGUUUCAGAGAGGCACUUUCAGAACAGAGGUCGGAUUAUCUGCAUAACAAGUGCCCGGGACGACAACUCCAUCCGGAGUCUGACGGAGAUUGCCAUGAACCAGCUCAUCCAGCAGAACAAGAAGGCUUCCAUGGCUCAGUCCACCACUUCCGAGUCAUCUACGACACCACAGCCAUUGAUGGUGCACUACUGCCAUCUUGUCAUCAUUAAUGUGACUCCUGAAAAACAAGAGACUCAAGUUACGAACCAACCGCUUACAGAGAUGGGCGGAGGGCUGAUGGGCGUGGAGGUGAUAGUGUCGCGCGCGAGCCAGCUGGCGACACUGCUGGGUCGACUCGUGUUGCCGCACUACAAGCUCGCCAUCACCACAGUUACUGGCAUCCCUAUGAAGGAGGAACAAAACGCGAGCUCCAGUGCCAACUACGACGUGGAGAUAAUCCACUCAGUGGAAGCGCACGCCGGCCUCCGCGCUUCCCAGACCGCCGCCGAGGCGCUCGAGUCUGUGGUGCUCCGCUGGUGGACGCCGCGCGGCGCGGAGGGCGGAGCCAGCGGCUGCAACGGGCCGCUCUGGCGUGUGACCCCGGCUGAUGUCGCCUCGCGCCCCUCGGCCUGCCUCGUCAACUUCUUGUUGAACGGAAGAUCGGUUACGUUGGAGGUGCCUAGGAAGGGCGGCGGCCGCUCCGCUUCUCACGUGCUGGCGGCGCAGGGCGGAGAGCUGUGGAUCGGGGCUCUGGGCGGCCGAGCGCCCCACGACGACCCGCCCGCCCUGUCCGAGGGCGCGGGCGGACGCGUCACCGACUAUAGGAUAAAAGAGUUCGGAGCGCUAAUGCAACAAAACAAGCUGUGCCCGCUACAAGGCGCCGGCGCCAACGGCAAGGCGCGGGCACGGUUGCAGCGACACACUACGUACUGGCCGCUGACUAUAUCCUCUACGCUUAUAUUUAAUCUUGGCUCGGUAAUGGAACCGCUAACAAGACUAGUCGUUCAGGAGAACCUCACAGAUGAAGAAGUAGAUACUUGCCGGGCCGUGCUACUGAACCUGCUGGCCAUGGAGUCCAGACACGAGUUCCCCAAUGCACAGAACACCUCUAAUGCCAGAAGCAAAUCCUCAUCCCGUCGCGAGGAGCAGUGGCGGCAGGUGUGGGGCGAGCUGCAGGCGCUGGUGCGCGCGCACUCCGCGUCCGCCGGCCACCGCGCGCUCCUGCGCACCGCGCUCGAGUGCCGCGCGCACAGCCAGCCUACAGACAGUGAAUCCCGUGCAUCAGUGAUCCGAGCCACCACGGACUCGCCGCUAUCCCCCACGGGGGCGGGCAACGGCUCUACUACCACUAGCGACGUGUGGGCGCCGCGGAACAUUCUAGACACGCUGCUGGGGGCGCCCAGGCCGUCUAGACGACCUGACUUCGCGGGCCGCAUGGCUGCUGGAGGCAGGGUGGCGACGUUAUAUCCUAACUUGCAGAAGGAUGUUGAGGGUUCUCAUUAGAUGAUUGUUUAGAUUACUUUAGAUAGGUUAAGCGGAAUUAGGAAUAAAU